AUGGCGGCGACCCCACUGGCCGCUUACGAUAACGACAAUCCUGAACAGCAACCUGAAGUGGACAGUGAACAAGACGCUGAGGGGGACGAAGACCCCGAGUUUUAUGACGCGACUGCGCAGGCCGGUAUAUAUACGGCGAAUGAGGAAUUGGGUGUGAACGGUGUUGGUGUGUUCCACGCAGAAAAUGGAGCAGACGAUGAGAAAGACGCCACGGAGGAAAUACAUAUCAGCGGUGGGAAACGUCCCAGGUUAAUAGAUGAUGUGAACGAGCCUGCGGAAGAUUUGGACCACGCUGCAAUAGCUCUCGGAAGUGGAAGUGAUGAUGGCAAAUCUGGGAGCGAUGCGGACGAAAUAGAUGCGGAAUUCGAGGAACUUUCGAACGAAAGCAACGCAGUUGUUAGCGAUGAGUUUUCUGAAGCCGACUCCGAAGUCGAAGAAGAAUGGGAUGCGGAGAGCAAUGAACAGGAGGAUGCCGAUAUAGAUCCCCCUGUUCAAAACAAUUGCAUCAUAUGCGGACAAGACGAAGAACACGACCCAAGUGAAGUGUUUGAAGAACCGUUAAUUUGCGAAGGUUGUGGUGAUCAUUGCCAUAGGCAAUGCGGACGCGAGCAUGAGCUACUUGGUGACGAUGAGAGCACCGCUGAUAAAUGGAGGUGUCUAAUGUGUGUAAUGAAAACAUCUCAACCCGACCUAGCGGACUCCUCCACAGCUCGUCGAAAAUCUACAGUGUCUAGUAUCACGAAGGACCUGCUUCCUGCAGACAAUGAUACCCAAGAUCUAAGUUCUCAUUCAAUAUUCAACACACUAAUUGUUGAUGACGACCCCCUGGAUGGUUCUCGGUCUUUGCGAAAAAGAAAAUCUUCAACGACGGAUGAACCGGAAAACCGACGCCCGACCACACGGAAACGACGUAAAGUAUCGCCUCCUCCUCAUGAGCAGGCAUUACCUACGACAACGAGGACCAGUGGAAGUCGGUCCCGCGCCGCAAGCCAGAACCAAGCUGUUGACAACGACACCACGGCUAACCACGACAAUCGAGUGGCUCGUCAAAGAAGAACAAGGAAUGCACAGAAGAACUACUGCACUAUUGCACAAAAGCAGGAAGGACGAAUAAUACUAUCGUUCAACCUCGACCAGGAAAAACUUCAAAAGAUCCUUAAUAGCAAGCCACGGCCAAAGAGUCAGCGUCGCAGACCACCACCCAAACCCCCAGCUGUGCCCGAACCUCCCGUAUCACAUUUCGCACCAACCAACCCAACUCCAUACGCAGCUCCCUUCUAUUCUUUUCAUGACCGAGAAAAUGACGAACUUAAAUCAAAACCCUAUGGUGGGAUUUUAUCCGAGACUGACGCUGAUACAUCACGAACUGUACCCCUUUCCACAGACAGGGAUAAAUUUGAGGCCGCUCGCCAGAAGGCGGAAGAAGAAUGGCGACAGAAAAUGAUGGCCACGGAGGAAGAUUCAGAUAGUGCGUUCCGCGCUGCACAGAAACUGUCAGGUCCGCCAAGCAAGAUAAAAUAUAUCAACUUCGGCGGAUUUGAAAUUGAAACCUGGUACGCAGCGCCGUAUCCGGAAGAAUACAGCCGGAACCGUGUCUUAUACAUUUGUGAAUUCUGCCUCAAGUACAUGAACUCUGAUUUCGUUGCCUGGCGGCACAAACUUAAAUGCCCGGCAAAGCACCCGCCAGGCGAUGAGAUAUAUCGGGAGGGCUCUGUUUCAAUAUUUGAAGUCGACGGCCGCAAGAACCCUGUCUACUGCCAAAACCUCUGUCUACUGGCGAAGCUCUUCCUAGGGUCGAAAACGCUCUACUACGAUGUUGAGCCCUUCUUGUUCUAUGUGAUGACGGAGUAUGACGAAUGGGGAUGUCAUUUUGUGGGAUAUUUCAGCAAAGAGAAGAGACCCAGUUCCUCGAAUAAUGUCUCUUGUAUCCUGACGCUUCCAAUCCAUCAAAGGAAAGGCUACGGAAACCUCCUGAUUGACUUUUCUUAUCUUCUUACUCGUCUAGAAGGAAGGACAGGUUCACCGGAGAAGCCGCUUUCCGAUAUGGGCCUGGUUUCCUAUAGGAAUUAUUGGCGACUCGUGCUGUGCUAUAAAUUUCGAAACCAGAAACGACCAACGAGUAUCACGGCAAUAUCAGAACAAACCGGUAUGACACCAGAUGAUGUGAUAUCGGCCUUGGAAGGGCUAAGCGCUCUCGUCCGUGACCCUUCGACAAAAACAUAUGCACUUCGCUUAGACUACGAUUUCUUCGAGAAAUACAUAGAAUCCUGGGAAAAGAAGGGAUACGUCAAACUAAAUCCCAACUCCCUUGUCUGGACGCCAUAUAUAAUGGGCCGAAGCAAUAAGUCGCACUACGAUCAUGCUCCCAUCCAUACCGUUGCUCCUCGUGAGGAUCACGAAGCCAGCGAGUCCACUGCUCCAGGAGAAGGCGGAGCCAUACCUAACAACUCAUACGGAUUAGGGAUAAGUGCCAGUGAUUUGGACACUGCUAACAGCGUUGCUGGGAGCGGUAUCGAUGCUACUAAUGGCAAUGGACAGGGCUUCCCUGACGCUUCACCGUCUCUAUUCGACGCCCCUGGGCCACCUUCUACUAGCGCAUUAUCCUUUGCCGAUGUCAUGUCUAGACAAACCGCAAGCGUCAACGGCCGUCAAUCAUCUUCUACCCCUUCUAACCCCGCUUUUGGGAUUCCGCCGACAAGAUUCGAGAUUUUCCCACAUGCACAAGGGACCAACAGUACCCCCGCCUCUAAACGCCGACCAGGCCGACCAUUUGGGACUCGCAAGAAGGUUAGGUCUACUGCGCAAUCUCCGGCACGAACUAGCGGGCACAAUACUCCAAAAAAGAGUAAACCUUUGCGCUUAGGUACUCCCAAUACUGCGACUCGACCAUUACGCUUCAGUGUUAGACGGGCCAGGAGCAGCAAAUUAAGCGACAACCCUGAUACAAAACAUGAUACUGAUCCCGAAAGUCCCGGCGGAACAAAACGAUUCAACGAUUCCAGCUUGUUCCCACCGCCAUCUAUGUUUAAGGUUGACUCACCCGAGGCCAACGGUUCUCCUGAGAACCAGCAAACCGACCAAGAGAAACAUAUAAAUGACAUGCCGGAGUCGAUGGAAAUCGACCAACAACUCCUCAGCGGCAUUGAAGACGAUACGCACAAUCAUGGACCGAGACAUGCCGACGGCGUGAAUAACAAGACCGAAGUUGCAAAUGGCUUGACGCCUCCGACAUCGAAUAGCACGCAAACUGGCAUCUCCCGCGACGCCGCAGAGUGCCUGGAGAGCACUGCCACAAACGGGCGUCCUGAUUCUGGCUCGGAAAAGAUUCCGCUACAGUGCUAA